ACAGGCUCGCCUUUUGAGUCACAGCAGAGCAGGAAAGGAAGCUCAUCAGGCUCAUUCCUGCAAGGUGGAGCACACACAGCUGAGAAUAAACCACAAAAGAGAGACUUGAUUAAAGAAGCAGCAAUGGACCUGAUCCCAAACUUCUCCAUGGAAACCUGGAUGCUCCUGGCUACCAGCCUGGUGCUCCUCUACCUAUAUGGAACUCAUUCGCAUGGACUUUUUAAAAAGUUGGGAAUUCCUGGGCCCAAACCUCUGCCUUUCUUUGGGUCAAUUCUUGCUUACAGGAAGGGUUUCUGGGAAUUUGACAUACAAUGUCAUAAAAAAUAUGGAAAAAUGUGGGGGUUUUAUGAGGGCCGAAACCCUCUUUUGGCUAUCACGGAUCCAGACAUGAUCAAAACAGUGCUGGUGAAGGAAUGUUAUUCUACCUUCACAAAUCGGCGGACUUUUGGUCCAGUGGGAAUUAUGAAAAAAGCUAUCUCCGUGGCUGAGAAUGAAGAAUGGAAGAGAAUCCGAGCAUUGCUGUCUCCAACCUUCACCAGUGGAAAGCUCAAGGAGAUGCUCCCCAUCAUUAAGCAGUAUGCAGAUAUGUUGGUGAAAAACAUGAGGAAGAAAUCAGAGAAUGGGGAUCCCAUCAGCAUGAAAGACAUCUUUGGGGCCUACAGCAUGGAUGUGAUCACUUCCACAUCAUUUGGAGUGAAUGUUGAUUCCCUCAACAAUCCUCAGGACCCUUUUGUGGAAAAAAUCAAGAAGCUCUUAAAAUUUGAUGUCUUCGAUCCAUUGGUCCUCACAGUGACACUCUUUCCAUUCCUUGUCCCAGUACUUGAUGUAUUAGGUUUCUGCCUGUUUCCAAAAGAUGUCAUAAGCUUUUUUAAAACUUCUGUGCAACGAAUGAAAGAGAAUCGCAUGCAAGAGAAAGAAAAGCAAAGAGUGGAUUUUCUUCAACUAAUGAUAAACUCCCAGAAUUCCAACAUCAAGGAGUCUCAUAAAGCUUUGUCCGAUCUGGAGAUUGUGGCCCAAUCAGUUAUCUUUAUUUUCGCUGGCUAUGAGACCACUAGCAGCGCUCUUUCCUUUGCUUUGUAUUUACUGGCCACUCAUCCUGAUGUCCAGAAGAAACUGCAGGAUGAAAUUGAUGCAGCUCUGCCCAAUAAGGCACCCCCCACCUAUGACGCCCUGGUCCAGAUGGAGUAUCUGGACAUGGUGAUAAAUGAAACUCUCAGAUUAUAUCCAAUUGCUGGAAGACUAGAGAGGGUCUGUAAGGCAGAUGUGGACGUUAAUGGUGUUCCCAUUCCCAAAAAGACUGUGGUGAUAGUACCAACUCUUGUUCUUCACAAAGACCCAAAGUACUGGCCAGAACCUGAGGAGUUCCGCCCUGAAAGGUUCAGCAAGAAGAACCAGGACAACAUUAAUCCUUACACAUAUCUGCCCUUUGGGGAUGGACCCAGGAAUUGCAUUGGCAUGAGAUUUGCUCUCAUGAACAUGAAAAUUGCUCUUGUCCGCGUCCUGCAGAACUUCUCCUUUCAACCUUGUAAGGAAACUCAGAUCCCUUUAAAAUUAAGCAAGCAAGGACUUCUUCAACCAGAAAAACCAGUACUUCUAAAGGUUGUGUCAAGAGAUGGAACCAUUAGUGGAGCUUGAUGUAUAGUGGUUUGUUAUGAUGCUGUGUCCCACUGGACCAGAAACCAAUUUAGAUUGUGGAUAAAUUCAAAGAUGAAGACUAUGGUAAUCUUGUGCGUGCAUGCAGGAUUCUGGGUGUUCAUCGAGCUGACUAUGGAACAAAAUGAUGUGAAGACAUCAAUCCAAGAUAGAUACAUUCAACUUCCCGCCUUUUGUGGAACUUCCUAAUUCUACUUCAUUGUCACCACCAAACCUGAUUUCUGUUGAGAAAAUAAAUACCAAUUACAAGUUUUAUCAACAACUACUGGCAUUUCCUAGAGAGUUGUGAAGGAACAACCGUUUACUACAGAUAUGGUAACAAAGAGAGACUGAAGGAGUGAUUCCACCCAAAUUUAGCUUAGUGAAGUAGUGAAUUUCUAUGGGCACUUACGAGAGCAUGCAUGAGUUCUUGCUUACAUACACAGAGGUGAUUCAAAAGCAGCUCCAUCACUGAGUCUUGGUGAGUCUUUCUCUGAUGCAAGAAAGACAUAUCUCUGAAGUUCCCUUAUAAUUCCUUAUGAUUACUACUGCUUAUAUAACCUGGAUGCUGGGAUCUUAUGAUUCUUCCACGUUUCAGAAACUUCCUGACAUUUGAGAGUUUUGUUUACUUCUUGAAUCUGAGAAGCUUCAUUUUCUUCUGGAUUUUAAUGAGUUUUUCCCUAGAUGAAACUUUCAUUUCAGAAAAAAAUAGAUACACAGCAGGAUGGGUUGAUAAACUCAAUCAGGAUCUAUUAUUUUUCUUCUUUAAUUAUUUUGCUGUUCAGUUAAUUCAUUUAUGCAUUUUAUUUGCUCAUACUAAUUACAUAUAUUAAUGAUUUUCAUUAUGGUGUUUUAUGUACAUUAAAUACUUUUUGACUUUA